AUGAGGUGGCCCUCGUUGUUGGGAGUGAUUCUAUUGUUACGGGAAUCCAUUUGUGAUCCGAAGAUCGCGACAAAAUCGCAACGGUUCGAAGUGCGGGAGGGGAGCACGGUCGAGUUGCCAUGUCAUGUCGACGAUUUGGACACCGAUGACACGAUCACUUGGGAGACCUCGGAGGGAACGAUUUCGCUGGAUGAGGAGAAACUGACAAACGAUGAUAGUCUAGAUGUGAGAAAAGAUGGAUCGGACAUGAUCUUAAUAAUCCGAAACGUCGAGCCGCAACACUCACGUCAAUUCACGUGCAAGUUGCCCGCCAACGACGCCUCGGUCACCCAUGAAGUUGUCGUUGUUUCCUCGCCAAGUGUGAGUAUUUCGCCGGAUUUGAGCGAAAUGACCACGCGGAAGGGAGAUAAAGUGACGCUGCGGUGUCAGGCCACCGGAAACCCCGCGCCCGAGAUCCAAUGGUCCAAGAAGGGUGGCCAAAUCGAGCGCGACGUGACCAGAAAGGGCUCCCACUCGCUGAUUUUCACCGCCGAUCUCAACCACCAGGGUGUCUACAUCUGUUCGGCGAGAAACAAAAUCGGAGAAGCUCGUCGCCAAAUCGAUCUCAAAGUCUCCGCAAACGGCAAUCAGUUGCAAGGGGAAGGAGUGAAACCGUGGAUUCGGACCGAUUUCGGAUAUUUGCCUGUACAUCGGGGAAACUCCGUGAACAUCUCGUGUCGUUUUGACGGAAAUCCCCCGCCGAAUCUCGAUUGGUACUUCAAUGGGUACAGGGUAAAGAUGAACGACGCAAAAUUCAAAGAUGCUAAAGAGUACGAUCAACGCGAGAAAAACUACACACUGUCGACGCUGGAGGUGCAUAAUCUUGACCCAGACAUGUUCGGUGACUACUCGUGUCAAGCGUCGAACAAUUUUGGCUCCGCCAUCGAAGUGAUUCAUGUUUCCGGCAAUCCCGGCCCACCCGAGCUUUCCGUCGAUGGAACGAGCCUCAAAUGGAGUGUCCAAUCAAAAGCGCCGAUUCUCGAGUACCGCGUUUUGUUCCGUUUCCUCAAACAGGACACGUGGACCGGCAAGAAGAGUGUCAGCGCUGAUCUGAGAGAUCAAACAGGUGCCGAUCGCUACUCGAAUUCGAUUGAUUUAGCUUCGUUUCUGCAAAGGGGGACGACUUACGAGGUUCAGCUGGAAGCUCGAAAUGCGGAGGGUUGGGGCUCGUUGGCGCGGAAAUUCGUCACCGUUGAUGUGCCCGGAAGUGAUGAAGCCUCGCCCGGUUCGGCCUCCACACACUUGGUCGCGUUGCUCGUCCUCGUCACCGUAUGGCUCAACUUG